GUUUUAUUCCAGUCUGGGUGACUUCAGUCUCCACUUUCCCCGCUUCCUUUACUCAGCUCCUCCUGGAGGUCCAGGGCCAGCUACGUCUCCGGAAGGAUGCUGGUGGCUCAGGGGUCACACCUAGCAACCCCUGGUCCGAGUCGGAGGCACCCUGAGUGACAUUUGCUGGGCGGGCGCCCGGAGAGUCCUGGCCCAGGGGGAGCGAAGCCGGAGGCCACUGCCAUGCUCCAGGCUUCUCAGCUGACAAAGCAGGUGCUGCUGUGGGGGAAGCAGGUGGCCGGCCUUGGCCCCUUUGCCCCGGGCCAGCUUCUGUGAAGUGGGCACCUCCCCUGGGCCCCCUCGGCGGGCUCCAUGGCGUUUUCUGAGCUCCUGGACCAAGUGGGCGGCCUGGGCAGGUUCCAGGUUCUCCAGAUGGUGGCUCUGGUGGUCCCUAUCAUGUGGCUGACCACUCAGAGCAUGAUGGAGAACUUCUCGGCCGCCGUGCCCAACCACCGCUGCUGGGUGCCCCUCCUGGACAACAGCACCGCCCAGGCCGGUGUCCCCGGGGCGCUGGGCCCCAAGGACCUCCUGACCGUCUCCAUCCCCCCGGGCCCCAACCACGAGCCCCACCGGUGUCGCCGCUUCCGCCAACCCCAGUGGCAGCUCCUGGACCCCAACGGCACGGCCACCAACUGGAGCGAGGCCGCCACGGAGCCGUGCGUGGACGGCUGGGUCUACGACCGCAGCACCUUCACCUCCACCAUCGUGGCCAAGUGGGACCUCGUGUGCGACUCCCACGCCCUGAAGCCCAUGGCCCAGUCCAUCUACCUGUCGGGGAUCCUGGUGGGAGCUGCCGUGUUUGGCCAAGUCUCCGACAGGUUUGGGCGCAGGCUGGUGCUGACCUGGAACUACCUUCAGAUGGCCGUGUCGGGCACGGCGGCCGCCUUCGCCCCCACCUUCCCGGUGUACUGCCUGUUUCGCUUCCUGGUGGCCUUGGCCGUGGCGGGCGUCAUGAUGAACACUUGCACUCUCCGUAGGUCACCUGACCCGGGCCAGGCGAGGGAGGCUCGUGUGGGCUCCCAGGCUGACCCUUGCGGUCUCCUUGCAGUGAUGGAGUGGACGUCCACGCGUGCCCGAGCCUUGGUGAUGACUUUGAACUCCCUGGGCUUCAGCUUCGGCCAGGUCCUGAUGGCCACAGUGGCCUACGGUGUGCGUGACUGGGCCCUGCUGCAGCUGGUGGUCUCCGCCCCCUUCUUCCUCUGCUUUGUGUAUUCCUGGUGGCUGGCGGAGUCUGCCCGAUGGCUCCUCAUCAAGGGCAAGCUGGAGCAGGGCCUGCGGGAGCUACAGAAGGUGGCUGCCAUCAACGGGAAGAGGGCAGCGGAGGACACACUGACUGCAGAGGCCUUGCUGUCAGCCAUGCGGGAGGAGCUGAGUGCGAGCCAGGCUCCUGCCAGCCCGGCUGCCCUGCUUUGCACACCCGGACUGGGCCUCCGGACCUGUGUCUCCACUCUGUGCUGGUUCGCCUUCGGCUUCACCUUCUAUGGCCUGGCCCUAGAUCUGCAGGCCCUCGGCAGCGACAUCUUCCUGCUCCAGGUCCUCAUUGGGGUCGUGGACAUCCCGGCCAAGAUCGGCACCCUGCUGCUGCUGAACCGCCUGGGCCGCAGGUCCACUCAGGUGGCGUCCCUGGUGCUGGCGGGGCUCUGCGUCUUGGCCAAUAUGCUGGUGCCCCACGAGUUGGGGGCCCUGCGUUCAUCCCUGGCCGUGCUAGGGCUCGGGGGCCUGGGGGCCGCCUUCACCUGCGUCAGCAUCUACACUGGUGAGCUCUUCCCCACCGUGCUCAGGAUGACAGCGGUGGGCCUGGGCCAGAUGGCAGCCCGCGCGGGAGCUAUCCUGGGGCCUCUGGUGCGGCUGCUGGGUGCGCACGGCCGCUCACUGCCGCUGCUGGUCUACGGGGCGGUGCCGGUGCUGAGCGGCUUGGCUGCAUUGUUGCUGCCCGAGACACAGAGCCUGCCGCUGCCCGACACGGUUCAAGAUGUGCAGAACCAGGCAAUGAUGAAAGCGACACGCAGCCCCCCGGGGCGCACUGUCCUGAAAUCCACACACUUUUAAGCUCCCGGGCAUUCUGCAAUGGGACAUUGGGAGAAGCACCCUCUCUCCUUCAGAGAAGGCAGGACGACAAAGGCCACCAUCUCCAGAGGGUCCAGGGGCGGCCCCGGGCACCCCACCGGACCCUCCCUUGUGACUUCGAAAAGGAUCAAGGACCAGCAGGACCCUGUCUACCCCGUGCUCCCCUCCUCGCUGCUCACGGCCCCCAGCUGUCCACUGUUCCCCCCUCCCCCCCGCAGCCCUCCCCCCCACCGAGCUUAGAGGCCACCAUCAUCCAAGGUCAAAACGUCCCAAACUCAUCGCACUACCCCGAGAUCUCCACACAAGUCUCAGCUCCUCAGUUGUACCCAAAGGGCAGCUCUGGCCCCCGGUCACCCCUCUGCACACUCCAGCCACGGGACCAAUCCUGCCUCUCCCCUUCUCUACCUACCAAACUCCUCUUCGGCUUUCCAGACUCAGGGCAACCGCCUCCUUCCAGGGGUGCAGCCCGAGGCCAUAGUGAAACCCUUACCCACGGCCACGCACCUGUCUCCCACCCUGCCAGCUAUGAGUUCCCAGAGGGUUGGAGUGGCCCCCUUGCCCCCUGAUCCGACCCGGCCCCCACACAAAGCCUGGCAGGAGGGGCGCUGGGGGGGAGGCGACAAAAGAGUGAAUAAAGGAUCAAAUGACUGCC